GGUUUUGUUGUGGAUUAUUUCACGAAUCGUAUGCAUUUGAAUGGGUUGGAGUGGCACGAACGACCAGCAUUACCGUACGAGGAUCUGCCUGAAUACGAAUCGAUGCGUGAUAUGGGAAUGAGAUUCGAGAGGAGGAAUAAAGAGGAACUGAUGAAGAUGAUUGAUCAAUUACUCGUUGAUAAAUAUCUAACUUUCAAUCGCUAUGUUAAGGUUGUGGAAAAUUUCGGCCGGAAUGCCGACGAAUCUCCAGCGCACAUGUCGUACGGUCGUAUGGUGGCGUUGAUAGCAUUCGGUGGGUUGAUGGCGUGUUGUUUGGCUGAAAAGGAAUUACGCUCUGAAAUCAGCGCAAUUGCCAUUUACACAUCGAAAUUCUUGGAAAAACGCAUCAAGAUGAGUUGGGCAGAGGACAAUCGUUCGUGGUCAGAUUUUAUGGAACGUGCUGAGAAGUGGAAAUUGAACGACUUAUUGAGGCAGCAAGAAGUAAGUGAAGGACGAUCACGAUUAUAUAGGUGGUCGUUGAUCGGAUUGGCGACCGCUGGCGUGGUGGGAAUCGGUGCAUUCGCAAUAACUCGUGCUGUUUUGUCGAGAUAG